AUUAAAAAAAAAAUUGACUUGGACCCCCUCAGUCCCCCUACCUCCCCCUACAAUCACUCCGCAGCCAUGAAAGCCAAAGGAGAGCUGAAAGAAUAUGAAGUCAUUGGGCGCAAGCUCCCAACUGAUAAGGAGCCUACAACUCCUUUAUAUAAAAUGAGAAUCUUUGCUCCAGACCGAAUAGUUGCCAAGUCCCGCUUUUGGUACUUCCUGAGACAACUAAGGAAAUUUAAGAAGACCACUGGAGAGAUUGUCUCCAUUAAAGAAAUUCAUGAUAAGAGUCCAACAAAAAUCAAGAAUUUUGGCAUCUGGUUGCGGUAUGAUUCAAGAUCCGGUACACACAAUAUGUACCGGGAAUACCGUGAUUUAACUGUAUCUGGUGGUGUGACCCAAUGCUAUAGGGACAUGGGUGCCCGUCAUCGUGCUCGCGCUCACUCGAUUCAAAUUAUUAAAGUGGAAGUUGUGGCUGCUUCUGCAUGCAGGAGGCCCCAAGUAAAACAAUUCCACGACUCUAAGAUCCAAUUCCCACUCCCAAGACGCGUCCAGCACCGUCUUAACACAUUCUCUGCAAAAAGACCACGUACAUACUACUAUUAGAUUAUGUACAAGAUUUUUACUGAUAAGUGGAUAAAAACUUUAUAAAUUA